UUAUGUUUGCACCAUACGGAACUGUAUACGGUUUGUUCGGUUUAUGUAGUCUGUUUCCUAUUCGUACGUUCUUCGUGUCUAUGUAAGUUCUCAUGUUUAGGUCAGUCUACGUCGUUUGUUAUUUUGUAUCAUUUCAAGUAUAGUUCGUGUUCGUUUUUCGUCUUGUUUAAUAAAUAUGUAUUCAAACUUCGCUGCGCCUUGGUUCCCUCAACACUCCUCCCUUUUCCGAAGAUGGAGAGGAGGAGGAUCGCCGUUACACCAAUGUCAAAUCAGUUAGAGAACAUUAAACAAAUCUAACUGUUUGAACUUUUAGGAAAGGUUCUGUCAAAGCAAUGAAAUACCAAUAUUAUUUUGUUUGGUCAAGUUCCUUAAAUGUGAGUGUUCCCUAAGCCAUGCAACUAUCCUGCGCCCUUCCCAGAAAGUUGUAUGGGGAAGCGUUAAAUGAACUAUUUAUUUUCAGGCAUGAAACUUCCCUCAUGAAGUCAAGAGCAAGCCCAUUUGUAGCUAUGGGCAACAGCAAAUUCAGUCUAGCCAGAUCUGAUUUAACAUUUGCCUGUGCUAUUUCACAUAGUAAAUAACAUUCGCUUGAAUACAAUUAUUAACUUCAUUGCCAGUUAUCAAUGUCUUACAUUAUACCCUCAUUCCCUGCGCGGGGUAAAAGCAACCAAUAGGUUUGCGACAGAGGGAGAGGUCCUCUUUAGGAACCGGGCACUUCAAGGUGGUUCAAAUAGCUUUACUGCGCGCCACAAAACGUACGGAAUCUCUUCUAACUGCUGGAAAAUUGUCACCAUUUUACAUUCGAUACAUUUUUUUAGGGUCUGUGAUUGCAAACUUGACAUUUCCCCAAAUAAGAAUUAUUAGGUUGAAAAGAAAUGAAAGGGUUGCAAGCGCAAUGUCUUUACUUUCUUGUGUUAAAUUCAGUAUUUUAUGUCUCGUCUUUGGAAGAGGACCACUCCGUUCAUACCCUUGAUAAUUUAAUGGACAACUUCAAGGACUUGUUUCAAAAGAACGAUGCCACUCCUCAUGCCUACACCAAAUUCUCCCUCCGGAAGCCUUUGAUGCCAGAAGAUGACAUCUGUUACAUCAUCCCCGGCAACCCAGAGUCUCUCAAAGAAUGCACUUUCAACAGCACCUCUAAAACUUUCCUUGUGAUCCAUGGCUGGACAGUGAGCGGCUUGUUUGAGAGCUGGGUGGCCAAACUGGUGUCAGCGCUGUAUGAGAGAGAGCAGGAUGCCAAUGUGAUCGUGGUGGACUGGCUGUACACAGCCCAGAACCACUAUCCUGUAGCCGCCCAGAAAACCAAGAUGGUGGGACAAGAGAUCGCUCACUUCAUUGACUGGCUGGAGGAGGCAACCGACAUCCCUCUUGAAAACCUCCACCUCAUUGGCUACAGUCUGGGUGCUCAUGUGGCAGGAUUCGCUGGGAGUUACGCCUCUAAUAAAGUGGGCAGAAUAACUGGUCUUGACCCAGCCGGUCCAGACUUUGAGGGAGAGCAUGCUCACCACCGCCUGUCCCCAGAUGAUGCUCACUUUGUGGACGUUCUUCACACCUUCACACGGGGCUCUCUGGGCUUCAGCAUCGGCAUCCAGCAGCCUGUGGGUCAUGUGGAUAUAUACCCCAAUGGAGGCAGUUUCCAGCCAGGCUGCAAUCUGCAAAGCACCCUGGAGACUAUUUCCAAAUAUGGUCUCUUUGCCAUCACUGACAUUCCCAGAUGUUCCCAUGAGCGUUCCAUUCACCUGUUCAUCGACUCCCUGGUCAACGAGCAGGAGGCCAGCAUGGCAUAUCGCUGCGGGAGCAACGAUAUGUUCAACCGCGGAAUGUGCCUCAGCUGCCGCAAGAACCACUGUAACACCGUGGGCUACAACAUCAGAAAGAUUCGCAUGACACGCAGCAUCAAGAUGUACACCAAGACCAAAGACUUCAUGCCGUUUAGAGUCUAUCAUUACCAGCUGAAGAUCCACUUCUCCAGCAAGGUGGAAAGGUCUGAGAUGGAGCCUUCAUUGACAGUCUCUCUGAUUGGAACCAAAGGAGAGGUUGAAGACCUCAAGCUGACACUAAAGGAGAAGAUUACGACCAAUAAGACCCAUUCCUUCCUGUUGGUAGCGGAGAAAGACAUAGGUGACCUCCUGAUGGUAAAGUUCAAGUGGCAGGAGUCUAACUGGUCAGCCUCGUCCAUGCUCAAAAUGGUGUCAUCUUGGUGGUCAGGUGACUCUGUGGAUUCUGAAGUGGAGGUUCACAAAAUACGCAUCAGAGUCGGGGAGACGCAGAAAAAGAUGGUGUUCUGCAUUAAAGGUCCUCAUGCCCUCAGCUUACAACAGGAAGUGACGUUUGUAAAAUGCAAAAUUAAUGGGAAAAAACAAACAUAAAAAAGGUGAUAAUUAUUUUUUUUUUAACAGCUAUUUUUUUUCUUCUUGCAAUACUUUUUUCCUGCAUUAUUGCCAGUCAGGGAUCCAUUGACAAAAAUCCUGUUGGUUUUACAGAGUUAACCUCAGGAACCGCUAAUAUUGAAUGUAUGGAGCAACGGACGAUUGCCCUCCUUCCACUGCCGAAGCACUUAGAAAAAUAAUUUAUACAGCUGUAAAUGAUUUUGUCAUUCAAACUAUAGAAAUACAUUUCCACCUUGUAUAUAGUGUACAGAAAUGUGUUAUUACAAAUGUGUGAAUAUUUGUAUUUAUUUAUUUUUUAAGUCUACUUGUGCCACAUCAACUACGAUGUGGUGCUAAAGGAUAGUGAAUGCCAUUGUCUUUGCUGAUUUUCUGGCAACCCCAAAGAGAUGGUUCUUAUACAAAGUCGUUGGUGCCUCUGACUGACGGCAAUCCAUAGACAGAAUGAGAAGAGGCCUCGAGGUACCUGCAGUUAAAGCCUCAUGUGUUGCCUAUGUUAUGUUUAAACUGACAGAGCAUUCACCAUUGUCGUCCUCAAUACUUUGUGAUUAUAGGAUCGGACUCAGUGUGCCUUAAAAUAACUUAUUGUCAAUUAACUUGUCUUAACCUACCGCAUGUAUUUGUUGAUACUGUAUGUUUUUUUUCAUAGUUAUUUGUAUCUUUUACAUGGUGUUUGAGACAGUAAUAUUGUGAGGUCCGAAAUGCAAAUUAUUCCCGAUAACUUUGUGAUUAUAGUCAAGCACUUGAGCAGUAAUGCAUUGACUGCUGUUUUUAUACAAGUAAAUUCAUUUGAGACCAGCAAUAGUCCGGCCUUUGCAGCCGAAUACACUACAUAUCAGUGGGAUAACCGUUAUUACAAUGUUAUACAAUAUUAUACCUUUUAAAACAAAAAUAAUAAUUACAACUGUUUAUACAGAACCCUUACCUCUGUUUCAUUGCAAGUGCUUAUGUGAUGUAUUUAACUGACAUAUCCAUGGUUGCUGCUGAACUAUAACCCAAAUAAUGUUCAUUUAGCUGUGGAUGCCAUUUUAUAACUGUGAACAGGAAGCUUCUCUGAAAUAAGUCAAUGAGUGGUUCUUGUAAAGUGAGUCGACAUCAACAAUAGAAACAUGACAGCCUUCCUCAGUAGACUGCACAGUUUACUUUGCAUCAUAGUUUAAGUUACAGGUAAUAAUUUGCAGGUAAUGAGGAUAUUAUAAACAAUGUUAUUGUGAUCAUAUCUAAAUGUCAGACUAUUUUCAACAGCACUGAGUAGGCUAAUUAUAACAAAUAUGAUAUAUUUUGAGAUCGGUAUUGUAAAUCAUUGUGACUCAUUUAAUUUCUGCCUGUUCUAUUGAGCCUGUAUAAAGGGGAGAUGAAACACUUUUGCACUGAAAACGGAGAAAAGGUUACUAAAGCGGUUACUUGCUAAGUGCUCCAUGUGUAAAUACCAUGUUGGCAUAUACUUCUAUGGUACAGAAUAUUACUAUAUUUUUUUUUACCCUCUUUUACCUCUGAAGGUAUAUCUGCAUUCUAUUGAUACCUGUAAAUACUGUAUGUGACUAUAUACAUAUUUUAAUAAAUUGGAACUGCUAUUUUGAA